AAGAUCCUUUCUCUUAUGUGUAAACGGAAGUGAACAUUGACCAAGAACAACUCCCACGUUAGUGUUUCAUUUUUGUUACUUAGACGUUUAUUAACACACGGAAACAAAACAUAUUCAUAUUUUAACUGAAAGCCGUUUAAUUCGUGUUGGAGACAGGACUUGCUUGAUAGAUGUUUUCUAAGUAACGCUAGCUAGCUGCUAACAUCAGCUAACAAUGCCAAUGGAUAACUUUAACGGUUUGGGCUUUCACACUCAAAUAGCCUCCAUUAUGGAGAUGCUAGCGAAUGCAGCCGUUGCAGAGAUAUGUACACUCGUAGACAACGACUAUGCAGUGUUUCGUUUGGAAAUAAGUCAAAGCCAGAAAGAAAACAGGGCAUUGCGGAGGAAACUACAGCUACUGGACCUGAAGGUGGCACGGGAACGCGCAGAGAGGACCAUUCGAGAGCGCACCCUCGCCAGUCGUACCAGUAGUGUCAAGAUCCUUGAUCGGUACAGAGGAAUGGCAAGAGGUGAAGGACAUCUCACUGGAGGCCACAGGCGCUUUGAGAAGCCAGCGGGACACGAUACAUGGAGAGAUGACCAACCAAUCACUGUUGAUGAGGGGAGUGGAACAUUAACCCAGCACGUGAUAGAGUAUGCAGAUGCAGAGACUGCAGGUCCUGGGGUCAAGCUGGAAAGGUCUGAAGGAGAGCAAGCUCCACUGCACAGCAGAAACAUCAAAACUGGAGUGGCUGGAGCGACCCCAGUAGCCACAGAGGACCCCACCACCGCCCCAGUGCAGCCCAGGACCCAACGCAGCAUGACGGAGGAGGAGGAGGGUCCAGAGGUGCUUUUGGUGAAGGAUGAGGGGUGUGAGGAAGGUCUGGGGAACAUGGUCAUGGAGGACAACCAGACUACACCUCCUCCUGAACCCACAGAGGAACCAGCUGAGCAGCACAAGACCACAAACAGUCUCACUGAGUCAGUAGACAUGGAGGAUGGGAAGCCUGAUCUGCUGAUAGUCAAAGAGGAGACAAUAGAAGACGAACCAGAGAGCAUUGACCUGCUGAGUCAACUAAAGAUGGGAGAGCAAGGUGGUUGGCUGGAGGCUAACAGAGGAGACUGGGUAUCCAUCUUGGAUUCCCCCUACCAGGAAGGUGCAGCCAAGGGGCCUGGGGACAACAUCACUGAGCAGGCGAGGACCAGAGGCGACAUAGUGGAAGUCAGUGGAUGGGACAGCGUCCUCAACUCUGGGCUAGGGAACACCGCUGUUAACCACAACCAGAAACAGACAGUCGGACACAAAACAACGUCCGAACUUAGUCUCCAUGACAACCGACUGGCUGAGACCAGGGCGAGGCGUAGAUUUGGAGGUGUCCCUAUUCGGCUGGCGAGAACAGACACAGACUCGGCUAGCGAUGCUCCGUCCUGCUCCUAUAGUUGUGAUUCAGAGAGACUGAUGGCACUUCAGGUUGACCCCCUAACAGGUGGUGCCUUCAUCCUGCCUUCUAUAGGAUCUAUCAACUGGAACAUGGACCCUGCGACAACACAGACACUCCCUGGCCUUUGUCCUCCUGACACUCUCCUAAUGUUAAACCAGACCUCAGACAAUGCCAGUGCCUCAACACCAAAUGGCUAUACAAGCCCAUUGACAAAUGAGAGUAAUAGAGAUGGAGUCAGUAAAGGUGGCAGCGCCAAAGAGAAGCGCUUCCCGUGUUCAUUCUGUGGGAAAGCCUUCAGUUUCCCCAAACAGGUGGAGAUCCACCAGAGGAUGCACACGGGGGAGAAACCAUUCGGCUGCCAACUGUGCCGGGCCAGUUUCUCCGACUCGUCCAACCUGAAGAGGCACCAGAGGGUCCACACAGGGGAGAAACCCCACAGCUGCCCCCAGUGUGAGAAGAGGUUCUCCCGCCAGGACCAGCUGAAGAUGCACCUGAAGGUCCACACGGGAGAGAGGCCGUUCGCCUGUACGCACUGUGGGAAGAGGUUCUCAGAGAGGAGCUACCUUAGAAUACACCAGCAGAAAAUGCACAUGGCCCAUAUAUAGAGUAUAGGGACAUGUAACGUAGUAUUAGUAAGUUUGUUAAUUCUGUUGGUGUUGGAUGUAGAAGGAACUGGAUGAGGUGAACUGAGGAAAGAAUUAGUAGAUGAUAUGGUGAUGAUGGUUGGUGUGAUGCUGUCUGUAAAAAUGAUUCACUGAUGAAAAGGGACAACCUUGUCCUAUUGUUUGAAUUUUGGUGUUUUAUAAUGAGGAAAUGUUUACUUGACAUGAAGCUGUGUGUAAUGUAAUGUUAAACCUUUUCCAAAGUAUUCUAAAAUUAAUUUGAUCAAAGUGAGGGUACCAGAUUUACAGAAAAUAUCAAUUUUUACCAUACAAGUUGUUCAACAUCAUACAACUCUUUUUAAUUACUCAUUUUAAAGCAGUCUUUUUAAUUACAUUUUUUUAAUCAUCACUUUGUCUAAUAAUUCACUGUGUGUUUGUUUUUUUUAAUAGAAUGCCAAAAUAUAUAUUUUUAUAAUUUAUUUCCCUGAGACUCCACUGAAAUGCUCAGUCUGAUUGUGUGGAAGUUAGGAAUCAAAUUUGAAUAUGAAAUUAUAUAUUUACAUACACAGCCCUGAUUGGCUGAUAGGAGGGUGUAGAUAACUUCCACAGGUGUGUAGGUUACUUUGUCUUGUCAUGAAAACAAAAGUAAUCUUAAUAUCAUUGUUGUACGUUUUCCAAUAGGUCACCAGAAGAUGCAGGACCAGAACAAACAUUUUGCAUGGUGGACCAUCCUGGCCUAUACCCUGUCUGCCGUGUACUGUAGAUAUGUGGUAGUAGGGGCCUGAGGGCACACAGUGUGUUGUGAAAUCUGUAAAUGUGUUGUAAUGUUUUUAUUGUAUAAACUGCGUUAAUUUUGAUGAACCCCAGGCAGCAGCUAAUGGGGAUCCAUAAUAAAUAAAACAAUUCAUUGCAGAAUGCAAUGAUUAUCUACAGGGCAGUCUAUAUGGUAUAAUCUUCAGUAUCAUCAAUAAAGCAUAGAAUCAAUCAGAUCAAGCGUUAACUGGCGAUACCGGAUGUUUUUGUGGUGUCGGAGGUGGAACUGCGUUGCAGCUGUCAAAUCGGUGAGCAGCUGCUCUUGUGAUUAUGGUCACGAAGCCACACCCGCCCCCUUGAUUUAGUUCAAAACAAGAAAGGGUAGACUAUGUAGAAAUAAUUACAUUCAACUUGAAAAAUCAUUCAACUAAAUAAUGAGGAUCUCUAUCAUCCUAAUCGGGGUGUAGAUUACAUUUUACAUUCCAGUGUUCAAACGUGUAAACAAGGCUGUAUAUUAUUUCUGUUAAUGCGACUGCGUGCAGCCAAUGGCAAUGUCCGCUUUAGUUAUAUUGCUAGGAGCCCCUUGUGGAUUUGACAGCUCUAACACAGUUCCACCUCCGACACCACCAAAAUAACUGCUAUGUGAAUGUCGACAACAUUUUACGAAAUAGACUUUGUGAUGAUACUGGAGAUGAUAACUGAUUUACAUUUUUCAAAUGAAUACACAGUUUGGAAUGUUUUGCUGUUGAAAGUAAAUAAAGAAACCAGA